AAAAGAAAAAUUUAAAAAAGAAAUUUUUUUUUCGGUUAAUCAUAUGGAGAAAACAGUGACAGUGACAUCUAUUGGAGAAAGAAUUUGAGUAAAUUUCUCUUAUGAGUUUGUUUAUUUUCUGACAAAAUGGCAUCAAAGGCUGUUCGUCAAUCUUCAUUCCUCCGCUUUGUUUACAACAAAGAGAAUACAGAAAAACUGAUUGAAUCUUCAUGCCAAUUACUUGGACUCAAGAAGGACGAAGCUCAUCUGUUUGUUUCCAAUCUCUUUCUCACUUCAUCCAAAACUCAACAUGAAACAUUUAAUAAGAAUUUUGAGAGAAAAUUGGAAAUAUUGAGACAAUAUUUAUCACCAUCGCAAAUUGUCAACAAUCCAAAGCUUGUUAUCAACUUGAAACCAGAUACUUUAUCUCAAAUAAUUAAGGAUUUGCAAUCAUUUGGUGUAACCACAAUUAGGAUUGAACAUUUAUCCAACCCUAGACUAAUCUGGAGAUUAAAUGAACGUGAAUGGAAAGAUUACGAUUUGAUCGAUGAUGGAGUUGAUUGUGCUGUUUCUUAUAUCGCCAAUCAAAAUGACCUUUCAGAUGAUAUUAAACAAGCGAUUUACGAUCGAAUGUGUCAAGAAGUUGCUGAUUAUAAACUUUUACCAAUAGAGAAAUUGAAACCACUAAUAACAUCAUACAAAUUCCUUUUGAAUUCCAAAUAAUGUACAAAUUUAGAUUAAUUAUUAAUAAGUAAUAAAGGGAUAAACUUUCUACAGGAAGUUUGCUUAUAAGAUCCGUGUACAGUAGUGGUCACACUUACAAUGUUGAAUUCGAUCUUUUAUAACUUUUUUGUUCCUCAUCCAAUUGCAAUAAAAAAAUCUCUCAAAUUGAUCUUUGAGAUCUAAAAAAUA